UUAAGUUGGCUGCUCGCAAAUUUCCAACUAGAGUGAAGUACACAAGACGCAAAAGUGUUUAAUUCCUAUUGAUUUGAGUAUUUGCAUUGGUCGCAUUUAAGUAUUUAUUAACUUGCAAAGACUUCAAUGAUAAACCCUUUGAAAUUUACUGCGCCCAACAAGCCUCCAAGCUAUCUACAAAAAUUUCAACUAGAGUCUGCCAUAUUUUUUGGCAACACGCACGUCAGAAUCAAAGUCAGACUGCGCGCCGCCCCAUCCAAAGACUCAACGCUGGACGACUCAACAACCAUCACAACAGCGGCAACAACAACAAKACCAAAAAUAACAACAGCAGCGGCAAUCACAAGAUGAGCAAGGCAGACCCCAUAUCGCUCAGCUUCCACGACUCGUGUCUGCGCAUGUCCGACGUGCAACUGCUGCACGGACCGCGCUGGCUCAACGAUCAGAUCUUGAGCUUCUACUAUGAGUAUCUGUCGCAUGUCAAGUACAAGAACAACAACGACUUGUACUUUAUAGCGCCCGAGGUGACGCAGUGCAUGAAAUACAUGGACGACUCCGAGCUGGAGAUGCUGUUCGAGGAGCAUGAUGCCGCUAACAAGCCAUUCAUAUUCUUUGCACUGAAUGACAAUGGAAACACCGAGGCAGGCGGCACCCAUUGGUCGCUGAUGGUGCUCUCCCGACCAGAGAAAACGUUUUUCCACUUUGACUCGUAUGGCAACAACAAUACCGGGCCUUCGAUGGAGCUGAUGACUAAGGUGAAGGAUCUGCUCGGCGUCCGUCAGGCAAAGUUUCGUCCGAUGCGCUGCCUUCAGCAGGCAAAUGGCUACGACUGUGGCAUCCAUGUCAUCUGCAUGACUGAUCACAUAGCCGACUAUGUGAAUCGCUAUGAGGUGGUUGAGGGUCUACCCACAUUGCACAUCGACACAGUGAAGGCCAAACGAGCUGAACUGCUGAAGCUCAUCAUAUCGCUGGGCGGCAAGGACUAAAYACGGUUAACUGCUCUCUAUSUUACAUCUUGUAGCCUUAAGUGACCUUUUAUAAAAAACGUUACUAACUGUAAAACGCA